AUGACAGAAAAGCCACUGAAGUGAUAAGAAAGCGACGAGAAGCAAAAGAAGACCGCAGAAGACGCCUGCUGGUGCCCGCUGCCGGCUCGUGGACGUGGACGUGGACGCUCCGUGCUUACACGGCUUCUGCUUGGGCAAGCUAACAACACUAGUUAACUCACAACUCGCCUUACCCGCCCUAUCUAUACCCACCCUCGAUAACUUCAUUUCCCUGGCAUCGCCCUGGAACGUCUCGCGACAUAGCUAGCGAGAAAGAAAAAUAAACAGUAAAAGGAAGACUGGCUGCUAGCCUGGGAGCGACAACCGUUAAUCGACAGCGUUUGUUCUCUCACUUGGCCGUCUCAUCUCGUCGGCUCCAGCCUUUGGUACAACAACCCUUGCGAUUUCCCUCGAAACCCAACGCACGCCCGCCCUUCAACCACGAGAGCCCACAGCUACGACGUCCACCAUCUAUAUCUCCCUUCUGUGUUUCCUCAAAACACUUUCAGAAAGUGUCCUACUGAGUGCUGGGUCUGCACUGGCUAACAGCUGAGGCUUGGCGAGCCGUGUUAUAUCGACGUUCCAAUACCGCUUGGACGGUGCCCCCAUUAGCGUCGAAGACAUCAGUCGACGACGAGUGGUCAAACAAGACAAUACGAUUGCGCAGCAAUGGCCUUUGCCGACGCCUAUCCAGGCGACUCGGACGCAGACGAUGAGUAUGAACGAAGUGUAGUGAUAUCACCCCACCUUGCCGAGGACUCCGAGGCCUCUCCUACAGACUCCGAAGGCCCUUCGACUGAGAACACCCCUACAUACGGGAAGACGGAUGAUCGUAUCUCGCCCAAGACUGUCAUAACCGAUUGGACGGCGGAGGAAUGCGCCAAGUUCGUCGGGAGCCUGGGUCUGCUGCAGUACCGUGAAGCGUUUCUAGGUAUGUACUGAGACCAAUUUCGACUGUCUGGAAGGGACAAAGAGCUAACAACUUAUUGUUUUAACGUGCCAUUAUAGAAAACGAAAUAGUCGGAGAGGCCCUCAUAGCUCUAAAACAUGAUGAACUAAAGGAACUCGGGAUAUCCAGUGUCGGGCAUCGAUUGACCAUCCUAAAAAAUGUAUACGAAGCCAAAGUGAAGCAAGGCAUACCCAUCGACCCUGACCAUUAUGUCCCUUUAUCGGCGGAUAAGAGCAGCACAAAAGAUGCAGCUACUCAAGAUGACAUUGCUCUCCUCAUACAAUCCAUCAGACGACGAGACGACAGACUCAUGGCCGCGGAAGCCGAGCUACGAAAACUCGCAGAUGACUACCGAAGACUUCGUGAAGAAUUGCUGCCAGUCUUUAAGGUCGCAAAGGAUAAAUCAGCGCCCUUACCGUAUCAACCCCCUUCGACAGUAUCCUACGGUGGAUCCACCGCCGCCCUAUCGGAAUCAUAUACCCACGACCCUGCUACUUCACCUUCAUUCCUCGGCCAAGAGAAAGCUGGCAGUGGCCUCACUCGAACAAUAUCUAGAAAGCUUUUUGCCGGCGGUUCGACUCCAAAAACCAACUCUCCUACUCACAUACCACAGGCUAUACCUGAAGGAAGGGCAUUUGCAGACUCAUCUACCCUUGAUCCUUCGGCAGCUGCUAUGGCAGCAUCUUCUCAUCUCACAGCCUCCAUGACAGGUGGCCAGCCUUCACCUAAGGGCAUGCCAUCACCCACUUCUCCGAACAGUUUCUACACUCAACAAACUCUUGCAUCACGGUCGUAUUCUCGCGACCCUCCAUCCUCCACCAACAACCGUACAGCUUACGAUCAUCCUGAAGACCCACAAGGACAACAAAGACAAGAUCGGUCCGGUAACAGCCAAACCUCAAACUCCUCAAGUCGGCAAGACCAUCCUGCCAUAUCUACUUCCAGGAAUGGGGGAUCAGGUGGCGGGAAUCAAUCAUCUAACAACACGCAAAAUUCUUCAGACUCAGGGCCCAGUGUCGAAAUAUUCAAAUCCUUCCGUGUCUCAAUGGACGAUCCUUGUUAUAAAGUGCUUCCGGCUGCUCUUAAAAAAUAUAACAUCCAUGAAGACUGGCGGCUAUAUGCCCUGUAUAUUGUCUACGGCGACCAAGAACGAUGCCUAGCGCUCGAAGAAAAGCCACUCAUUUUAUUCAAACAGCUUGAUAAAGACGGACGGAAACCAAUGUUUAUGCUUCGACGGCAGACACAGAUGGUAGACGGGCAGGUCCCAGGUAUAUAUACCAGCAGCGGAACUACAAUUGGCUUCCCUCCCAGCAGCAGUGCCUUUGACCCUGGUACGAAUAACAACACAUCCAUCACUCUAGGUGGGCUACCCUCGGGAGGUUCCAGUGGCCAACCAAGCGCCAGUUUAAGAUCUCAACCUCCACAACAAAAUUCCAUACAAUUGCCCGGCGGAGUUUUAUAGGAAAAUGUCGGUUUGGAUCGGUUAUGGAUUGCACCAAAAACAACAUGGUAUAACUACUCUUCCUGCAUUGCGUAGUCGAAGGGUAAACAGCGGGUUUCUUAUCUACUUCAUUAGCUUCUUUCUUUAAAUUUCUGACUACUUUUUCCCCUUUGUGAUAUCCCUCGACCAGCCCAUUUGGUUCGGUGUCAUCUAUAUACUUCUUCGAUAACAAUAUUAUCAUUUUUAAUAUCAUUUAGGUAGUUCUAUCUGAAGAUAAAUCAUGGUAAUUUUUGAUUAUCUACUCUCUUCGACUAAAUCGAGAAAGCAUAACAAUCUUCAUUGCUGCUGGGGCCAACUAAGGCUCCCUCUAUUAAUGCGCAUACCUAACAACCGCAAUAUAUAGACCAAUCAGUGCCCAUAGGGUAAAUGAAAUAGGGACAUCAAAGACGCUCGUAACAAACAGCAGCACAGCGCUAUUUAGUCUAGUUAUAACUAGUAGGUGUCCAUGGACACACAAACUGAUGUAAAAUAAAACGAGUAAAUCAAAAGACAAAAACGACAGAAAGAAUGGAAAAGGAGGGGAAAAUAAAACGGAAAGAAAAGACAGAGAGAGCAGAAGCGCAAGCAAGAUGGGAAAACAGAUGGGGAUAGACGAUUACAUCGUGGUUAAGCGAUGCUAGGUUAUUCAGCGACCUAUCUCACCUCCCCACGAGAUCUUGGAUUUGGAACCGUUUCUAGGAGUGUUUUCGCGGCCGUUGUUUCCAUUGCCAUUGCCAGCCCCUUCGUUGAUGCUUUGGCCCGCAGAGUCAGGAGCGUUGCCGUUAUCAAAGAGAGGGUUGCUCUCAGGAGCAUAAACGGGUGGAGGAGAAGAAGGUAGGUCCGGCGAGGUAACACCAGUGGACGGCGAGAAAUUAGCCUGCACGGGAGACUUUCUCUUUGCCGGUUUGGUUCCGUCUGCAAAUUGGACCUUUCCCUUGACUACACGAGGCUCUCCAUCGUCCUCGCUGUCGGAUUCACGUUGCAUUGACGGGCUGCGGUAUUCACCGAGAGCGGCAAGACGACGUUUCCGUUCCGCGGG